UUCUCCCAGUUGUCGAUCUACCUGACCGCACCAGCCGGUGCCCACGUGGCCGGUGCCCGUGGCCCGGCACCGCCCUUCGCUUCCCACCGGCCAUGGCGGCGGAGCCUCGCACCAUGGAGCGAGGCUCCGGCCAUGCAUGCCGAUUUGCGACACUACAGCCAGACGCUGAAGUCCUACACUAAAGGAGCUGACUGGCAAGCUGCCUUGCUUUUGCUAGAUGACCUAGACAAAGCCGGUGCAGCCAAUGUCAUUCUGUACAGUGUGGCUGUGACCUCGUGUGAGCGUGGUCAGCAGUUGGCGCUGGGCAUCUCCUUGCUUCGGCGGGCGGAACGGCAGAAGAUUCAGCCCGACACAGUCAUGUACAACACUCUCAUCAGCAGCUGUGCCACGAGUUCUCAAUGGCCAUGCUGCGUUCACGUCCUCAGCCAAUUGAAGCAAGCGGCCGUUCCAGCGGAUGUGAUUUCCUUCAAUUCCGCUCUCAAAGGGUUUCGCUGUACCAGUGUGUGGUUCAAUGCUCUCAUUUUGCAACAGCAAAUUGGCCAGGCCCGUCUUCAAGCGUCGGUGGUGACGAUGAACUCGAUCAUCAGCUGUGAUGCUGGCUGGCCUCGGGCACUUGAGUCAUUUGCAUGGCUUCAGCAAGAGAAGUUGCCAGCGGAUUUGGUGACUUACAAUGCAGUCCAGGCUGCUUCUCCAUGGCCGCGCGCUUUCAGCUUCCUUCGAAGCAUUCGCAGAGAAGGGUUGGAGCCAGAUGUUGUGACGUCUGGAGCUCUUGUGGCUGGGAGUCGCUGGGAGUGGUCUUUGCAGCAUCUUCAGUCUGACUUCCCCACCAAUGCGGUGGCCUACAACGCCUGCUUGGCGCUUCUUCCGUGGCAUGGGGCCAUGCAUGUGUUAAAACUUAUUCGAUUCCAACAGCUGCGGGUGACGGCCAGAACUCACAACAUCCUUUUGUCCACGGCACGCGCAGCGGGACGAUGGAAGGCUGGUUUUCAUGCAGUGGAGCAGCGGCGGGGCCUGGGAUUGGCAGAGGACCAGGUGACCUGCCACAUAUCGAUGAAACUUUGUGAUUGGGCCUUUGCCACCCAGCUUCUGCGCAGAAUGCAGGCCUUGACGUUGAGAUCUGACCUCAUCUCUUAUAGCUCUUUGAUGAGUCCCAGCUCCGGCCAGCCUUGGGAACUCUCCCUGGCGCUUCUCGCCCAGUUGCAGGGCAUCUCCUUGGAGCGGGACCUCAUGGUACAGAACACGGUGACGAGCUCGAUCGCUGCAGACACCGCGUGGCAGCUGAGCGCAUCUUUGCUGACACAGCUCCCAUUGGUCCAGCUGCGCGUGGAUGCGGUCGCCUACAGCGAGGUGGCGGUGGCACUGGCCCGUGGUGCUUUGUGGCAGAAGACGCUUCAAAGUGCCUGGGGUGCCGGCCGGAGGGUGCGCCCGGUCGGAGUGGUCUCCUUCAAUGCGGCCGUGAGACAGGCUUCUCAGAACUGCGGACAGAAGCGGCUCCUGGUCCUAUCACCGAAGCUGCUUUUGCUUCGAGCUGGUUUGCUUCAGGCCUGGAGGCCACGAGCAUCACCUGCAACGCCGCCUUGAGCGCCUGCGGAAAGCGCGAAGAGUGGUCCACCGCGGUGGAGCUCUUUGCACGUGCGCAGCGCCGCUUCUCUCCCAGCCUCAUCACCUUCAAUGCCUUGAUUGGCACUUGCCAUUGGCGUCGUAGCCUGUGCCUAUGGUUGAAGCUCAAGAGAUCCUGGGCCGAUUAGAGAGUCCAACUGAGUAUCUAUCCACGCCCGGGCCCACACAGACGGCAUCAGACGGCGC